AUGAACGGAAAGCUCGCGGAGACCCGGCUGCAGUCGGACCUUGACACAGCACGGUCCGAGUACACCAUUCUGAAGCGCUCAGUGGGCACUCUGAAGAAGAUGUACGAGGAGAACCGCACCCGCGCCAACGAGAUCUCCAGUUGGCUGCUGGUGCUGUCUGGUCAGAAGCUGGAGAAGUACCGUGGAUUCAUGCUGGAGAACAGCUUAGAGCGCAUUGCCCGCCGUGAGGCAGGGGAGGUCCCAGGUUUGGUCAAGCAGGGGUAG